AUGUCGCAAGUGUUAGAGUUAAAGAAACACGCUAAACAGCUUCAAAGCAGUGGCGCUUCUGAAAAGGAACUUACAGCUGUACUACACAUACUAAAGAAAGAUUUCCAAGUAAAUGAAGCGGUCCUUAGGGAAAGCAGAGUCGGUCUUGCUGUCGGAAAGCUACGAACGCAUGCAUCGAAGACUGUCUCCGACCUGGCGAAGGAUAUCGUAAAGAAGUGGAAGAACGACGUGGAGAAGGCGAAGCAAGGCCAUCAUCACAGUGGAGGGUCGAGCAAGCCGGUGCAGAAUGGAAAACCAGCCCCGAUCAGGAAGGCCUCAGUGGCUUCGGAUGGCAAGCCGACGACGCAGACAGCAAACAAGGCGGCCACGAGGUCGGCCAAGACGGACGGCGUGGAAGUCAAGAUGUUUGGGGACGAUACAAGGAACAAAUGCCUUAUACUCAUGUACGACUCUCUUGCGUUGGACUCGAAUGCUCCCAGCGACCUGAUCCUUAGGCGAGCUCAGGCGGUUGAAAAGGGAGUCUUCGAUCUCUCCGGAAGUGCCGACGCCGAAUACAGGGGGAAAAUACGUUCCUUGUUCGUCAAUCUGAGGGACAAGAGUAAUCCCUCACUGAGAGAAGGCGUUAUAAGUGGCGACGUACCUGCUGAGAAGCUGGCUACCAUGACCAGCGAGGACAUGGCCUCCGAAGAAAGAAAAGCUACUGAUAGCAAGAUUCGAGAUCAAAACUUGUUCCAAUCUCUUAGCGCCGAAGAACAGCAGGCAGAGACAGAAGCAUUCCAAUGUGGAAGAUGCAAACAGCGAAAGUGUCGCUAUCGUCAAGCCCAGACGCGGAGUGCCGACGAACCGAUGACUACCUUCGUAACAUGUGUCAAUUGUGGGAAUAGAUGGAAAUUUUCAUAA